AAAUGCGUGAAAUCAUGAACUAAUACAUGAAGUGCAUGACUCAAUGUUGCACCAAACACAUAAGCAGUUAUUAUAAACCAAAACAAACUUAGUUAACUAAAAAGACUGAUAAAACUUAAUUGCACCAACACAAAGGUAAUACCUAACCAAGCUGAAUUUAUGUCAUUUCCAAAU